ACCCCCAGCAAACCCUCCCCGUUUCCCGCAGCCAUUAUCCAAACCAAAAAAACCCAAGCUUUCCUUCCUCACCGACCAAAAAUGGCGUCCGCCUCCAUGCUCAGCGCCGCGUCGCUGUCCCUCUCCCCCUCCCCGCUCGCCGCCCUCCGCCCGCCCCGCCCCGCCGCCUCCUUCGCUCUGCCGCGGCGCGCCGCCGCCGCCGCCGUAGCCGUGCGCGCGGCCGCCGCGGCGUCCAACUCCCCGGCGGCCGCGGCCCAGAAGAAGAGGGCGGCCACCGGGCUGACGAAGCCCCGGCUCGUGUCUCCGGCGCUGCAGGCGGUGGUGGGAGCCGCGGAGAUCCCCCGCACCGAGGCGCUCAAGCGCCUCUGGGCCUACAUCAAGCAGCACAACCUCCAGGAUCCUGCGGACAAGAAGGUGAUCGUGUGUGAUGAGAAGCUGAAGGUCCUGUUUGCUGGCCAAGAGCGCGUGGGAUUCCUGGAGGUCGCCAAGCUUCUGAACCCGCAUUUUGUGAAGUGACUGCCCUCAUCAGUGGAGUUGAGUUAGCUUAGAUGGUUUUUAGUGAUCUUGAAGGGGGUUCGUAGAUUGGUUUUGUUGGCCUGAGUUAGCUCGACUUCGUAGCCUCGUAGGUUUACCUAUUUCUCUGGAGACAAUGGUAGGGUGCCUCUGGCAGUUGUAGUAACACUAGUACCGACGUUCUUAGCAACUUUAAGCACGUAUCCGUGUUAAUGUAUUAGCAAAUGGAGAUGUGUUCUGGCCUGUGGGAUCUAAGCUUGCCAGUCCCACUCCACUUCGGAAUUCAGAUGCUGAAUUGCAUAUGCUUGCACCUCUGCUUUGCAGUGUUGCGUGUGGGAAAUUUCAUA